AUGCAUCCAUUUCCAAUUAAAAUAUUGAUUACAACAUCUUUAGAUGAAGAAAAACCACUUCCUCAAUCACUUCAAUUAAUUCGUGAUGAAGUAAUCCGUCUUGGUGCCACUCCCAUAAUCACACAUAACCUUCACGACGCAUAUGAAGAACUCAAAAGAACUAUAGAAAUUUCCGCCAUUUUUUUCGAUUGGGAUAGUGAGUACCAAAAGUGUAAAGACAAGCUCAGAAAAUUUCUUUUUCCUUUCACUUCACAGAUCUUUGACCACAAAGUGUUAGUUCUUCCCGCGACAGAAAAAGACCCGUUUUUACAGGCCAAAACGCCUUUAAUGCAUUUAGAAGAGGAGGGCUAUACCCUUAUCGUCCCUCGCUCCUAUCCCGACGCGAAAAUCAGUGAACUUCAGAAAGUUGAGACGCACGAAGAGCUUCUGAAAGUGAUGGAAAAAGAUCAAUUAAAGGUCGUCCCGUCUCCGCUGACUGCCAUUCGAACUUUUAAGUCGAUUAACAGGAAGAUUCUCAUCUUUUUAUACACCGAGCGACUUUUCAUCGAACGACUACCUAUUCAAGUACUCGAGUCCAUUGAGGCAUAUUUCUGGAAAGGUGAGGAAACACCCACUUUUGUAGCCAAACGGAUGGUCACGCAAGCUUCCGAGUACAUCGAAGACAUUCUUCCUCCCUUUUUCAAGGCCCUUGUCAAAUACUUGAAUCAGGGGAAGUACUCCUGGCACUCUCCUGGGCACAUGGGUGGUGUCGCGUACCUUCGUAGUCCACCUGGGAAGUUCUUUUAUGAUUUCUAUGGGGAGAACAUGUUGUGUAGUGAUUUGAGUUGUUCUGUAUGUGAACUUGGGAGUCUUUUAAAUCACACGGGACCUAUCGGAGAAGCCGAGAAAUACGCUUCUAAAGUGUUUGGCAGCGAAUUCACUUAUUUCGUCUUAAACGGGACUUCCACAGCAAAUAAGAUGGUCUUCCAAGGCACCGUCCCUUCCGGCAAAGUCGUCGUCUUAGACCGCAACGCGCACAAAUCUUCGAUGCAAGCGAUUAUGACUGGGAACUACAAGCCUGUUUAUUUGUCUCCUGUUCGAAACAAGUAUGGUAUAAUAGGCCCAAUCCCCUUCUCAGAGUUCUCUGUUAAAAAUGUGACACAAAAAGCGAGUAAAAUGAAUUUUUUUAAUAAAGGGGAUAUCGACGACGGUGUUCAGUUGUUUGUAUUAACUCAAUGUACAUAUGACGGGAUCUGUUAUAACGUUAAUAAAGUCCUUCAAAGUCUUACUCAAUUAGAUGCUAAGAAUGCUAUGUUUGAUGAGGCUUGGUUCCCUUAUGCUCACUUCCACCCCUUUUACGCCUCUUUCCAUUCGAUGAACAAAGACUUCUUCGACAAGUUCGACGAGAACGACGAGAGUCUCUUCCACGGAAGUUCAGCACUUCAAGACACUGACGAAGAUGAAGAAGUUCGAAGGAGUAUGACUCCAAACUCAUUCAAAGGGACUAUAUAUGCCACGCAAAGUACUCAUAAAGUCCUUGCCGCGUUAUCACAGUGCUCUAUGGUCCACGUCAGAAACUCGACGGACCCAUUCAAAUUUGAUAAGUUCAAUACAUACUUCCAAGCUAAUACAACAACAUCCCCACAAUACUCUUUAAUCGCGUCUUUAGACAUGUCCUCUGCUAUUAUGGACAUCUCCGGGGAGUCUAUUUUAGACGACGUCUUAAAAGAAGUUAUUUCAUUCCGCUGUGCAAUGGCGCGCGUCAAAAGUGAAUUUAAAGAGUCUGGCGAGGGCUGGUUCUUUAAUGUGUGGCAGCCCAGUGACAUUCUUUCGGGGAAGAAGAACAUCUAUGAGACUAAUUACUGGAUCCUUCCCCCAAGUGGCCCAGACGCGUGGCAUGGCUUUCCUAAUAUCGGGAAGAACCAAUACCUCUUAGACCCACUUAAAGUGAAUAUAUUGACUGUAGACGAGGAUUUGGAUAUAGAGAUACCGGCGUGUGUAGUCUGUCGAUUCUUAGCUAUGAAUGGCAUUAUUAUGGAGAAGAUGGGGUAUUACACUAUGCUCUCACUCUUCACCGUCGGCAGCAGAAGAGGAAAGUCCGCAACUUUAAUCACCGCGCUGACACAAUUUAAGAAGUUGUACGACACAAACACACCACUGAAGUACGUGUUCACACAGGAGAAGUCCCUCGACUCGGAAAAUGUCGGACUGAAGGACUUCUGCAAUAUGAUGAACCCUGAAAUAAAGAAAAUGCAGGAAAUGGAAAACGCAACGUUCUCGGGGAAUCUGCCAGAGGUCGCCUGUUCACCUUUUGUCGCGUCUAAUGCACUUAUUAGUGACGAAGUCGAGUGGGUCAAAGUGGAGAAUUUAACAGGAAGAGUCUCAGCUUUACUCUGUGUCAAUUAUCCACCGGGAAUCCCAACUAUUAUGCCUGGAGAAAUAUUCGACCAGUUGCAUACAGACAUGAUGAUCGCAUUGGCUCACUUCGAGGAGAGAUGGCCCGGUUAUGAAUUCGAAGUGCAUGGAUUGGUGAAGAAGAAUAAUAACUUCUUUAUACCAUGUUUGAAAGAAUAA